GAAGUGGAUCUUGUACCGGAAGUGAUGGUGUGAGGCUGUCAUGGCGGACGCGGCGGCUGAGCUGCUCUUUUUAGACACUUUCAAACACCCCAACUCCGAGCAAAACACACAUGUGGACGUGGUUCGUUUUCCCUACCAGGUUUACAUAAAUGAAGUUCGUGUAAUUCCUCCAGGAGUGAAAGCUCACAAUAGUCUUCCUGACAACAGGGCUUAUGGGGAGACUUCACCACAUGCAUUUCAGUUAGACCUGUUUUUUAACAAUGUCAGCAAACCAAGUGCACCAGUCUUUGACAGACUAGGAAGCCUCGAUUAUGAUGAAAAUGCAUCUAUUAUUUUUAGACCAAACAGUAAGGUUAAUACAGAUGGAAUUGUCCUGAGGGGUUGGUACAACUGUCUGACUCUGGCAGUUUAUGGAACUGUAGACCGAGUAAUAAGUCAUGACCGUGAUUCUCCUCCUCCACCUCCUCCCCCUCCUCCUCCACCGCAACAGCAACAACAAACGACUCUUAAACGAAACUCCAAACAUGAUUGGGAUAAAGAGGAUCAAUACAAUGGAAGCCCACCAAGACCACAGCCAAGAGGGCCUCGAACUCCCCCAGGUCCCCCUCCACCUGAUGACGAUGAAGAGGAAACACUAACUGAGAUUGUGAGUGCCAAUAAAGUGGAUGAAAGUGAACAUAGAGAAGAUUAUUUUGAACCCAUUUCUCCAGAUCGUUCCUCCAAUCAUCAAGACGAGCCAUUCUCUGAUGGGGAUGGAGAGGAAGAACAGCCAGUGGAGGAGGAAGAGGAGGGGGAGGAGGAAGAUGAGGAUUCAGAGAUAGAAGAGGAAGAUGAAGAUGGAAACACAGUGGGAAGCAUUGAUGAGGAGGAAGAUGAUGCAGAGGAGGACGCUGGGGAAGAAGUUGACGAUGAUGGAUAUGAACAGAUAUCCAGUGAUGAAGAUGGAAUUGUAGAUAUGGGGCGUGAAAACUACAAAUUGAGCUUUGACAUUGAAUAUACUGCUGAAGAUCUAGCAUCGGUCCCUACCAUGGCAUAUGACCCGUUUGAUAGAGACCUAGGACCUCUUUUGUACUUUAAUCCCCCCUAUAGGACUAAAUAUGAGAAUGAAGCAGCUAGACUGAAGGAUACAGACACAGAAAAGGCAGGUGUAGGAAAUACAGAUGCAGCAGUAAAGUUAAAGGAAUUGCUUGACCUGCACAAAGAUGACAAAGGAGCCAAGUGGGUAAUGGCUUUGGAAGAGGUGCCAGGCUUGCUAGUAAAAGGUUUAAGUUACCUUCAACUAACUGAGAGGGACCAGGAUCAUCUAAAACCACUUGUAGAUUGGAGCAUGGAUGCAUUAAGCCUUCAGACAGCUGUAAUGCAGCCAAUAGCACUGAAUGUCAGGCAGCUAAAAGCUGGGACGAAACUGGUUUCCUCUUUGGCUGAAUGUGGGUCUGAAGGAGUUUCAGCGCUUUUAGAGGCAGGCAUUUUCGAUAGACUGUUUGUUCUGAUGUUUGCGGAACAUAUGUCCUCUUCAUUAAAAUUAAAUACCCUCAAAGCUUUGGACAGUAUAAUUAGUGUAACAGAGGGAAUGGCAACAUUUCUGAAAGCAAAGACAGUGGGAGAAGAAAAAAGCGGGUAUCAGAGACUGGUAGAGUUUAUAUUGACUGACCAAACUGUGAGAGUAAUGACUGCUGGUAGUGCCAUAGUACAGAAGUGUCAUUUCUAUGAGAUCUUAUCAGAUUUGCAAAGGCUGGCCACCCACAUAGCAGAGAGUACUCCUGCUUCUUUAAAUGCAAAUGAAUCAGAGCAUGCAGUAACCACUGGGCGGGAGAAAGCAAGUAAGGAUCAUGAAGAAGGAGAUCUGGAGACUCCGAUGGAUCUUGACCAUCUGUUAGAAGCUUCUAACAUAAGUGAAGGUGAUGUGGAAAAACUUAUGAGUAUACUCGAUGAACUCCUGCACUUGCUGGAGACUGCACCUUACACAAUGAUUCAGCCUCCUGUAAAGUCAUUUCCAACAGCAGCUCGUAUCACAGGGCCUCCAGAAAGGGAUGAUCCUUUGCCUGUCCUUUUCAGGUACCUUAACAGUUGCCAUUUUCUGGAAUCACUUAGCUUGCUACUGUCCAUUCCAGCAACCAGUGCUCAUCCUGGGCUGUCACAAGCCAUCAAAGACUUAAUUAAGUUCCUAAUCCAGAUACAAAAUGGUCUUUUAUUCCUCAGUGCGGAGCACGAAGCUUCCAACCUUCUGAUUAGAGCCUUGUCUCAGACUUGCGACCAAGACCAAGAGGAGGGUGUCCAAGCUGACUGUGUCAGUGAUGAUACAUUGUCUGUAUGGCUGUUAUAUUCAUUACAAGCGUUGCAGUAUGUUUCUGAACUCUUUGAGUACUUAAAUCGAGGCUUAACAAUUGAAGAAACGGACCAUGCGGAUGUGCUCAGUACGCUUCAUAGCCUUUACCUAAUUACUUUCAACCCAAUAGGAAGAGGUGCUGUUGCCCAUGUGCUCCAUCUAGACAAGAACCUUUCUAGUCUCAUUACUCUCAUUGAGUGGUAUUCUAAAGAGCUCUUGGGGGACACAAAAUCCAGGAAAUCUGUUGCAUGCAAUUAUGCUUGUAUGCUUAUUUUGUUAACAGUGCAGUCUACUAAUGACGGGCAAAUGCUGGAGCAGCAUUCUGCUGGCUUACUGAAACUCUGCAAGGCUGAUGACACCAAUCCUAAACUGCAAGAACUGAGCAAAUGGGUUGAACCUUUAAAGACUUUGAAAUUUGAAAUAAAUUGUAUUCCAAGCCUACUUGAAUAUAUUAAACAGAACCUUGAUAAUCUGAAUAUUCAGAUGUCACAGGAAGGAGCUGGUCUUACCACUGCUUUACGUGUCCUUUGCCACAUCGCAUGUCCACCUCACCCGAUUGAAGGCCAACAAAAGGAUCUCAAAUGGAACCUUGCAGUUAUACAGCUAUUUUCAGCAGAAGGAAUGGACAUAUUUAUUCGAAUUCUGCAAAAAAUGAACACUGUCUUAGUCCAGCCAUGGCGAUUGCAUGCCAACAUGGGAACUACAUUGCAGAGAAUUAUGAUCCUCUCUGUGGCAAGAUGCACCCUUACCCUUCUAAAGGCUAUGCUGACAGAACUUCUGAGGGGAGGGUCCUUUGAAUUUAAGGAUAUCCGAAUCCCUACAGCACUGGUUACCCUACACAUGGUCCUUUGUUCCAUACCGCUCUCUGGACGAUUGGACUGUGAAGAGCAGAAGAUUCAAAAUGAUAUAAUUGAUAUACUGCUUACUUUCACGCAAGGAGUUAAUGAACAGGUCACUUAUUCUGAGGAGACUUUGGCCAACAAUACGUGGUCUUUAAUGUUGAAGGAAGUCCUUUCCUUUAUACUGAAGGCCCCAGAAGGAUUUUUCUCUGGAAUGUUGUUACUCUCAGAACUCUUGCCUCUUCCGCUGCCCAUGCAAACCACACAGGCAAUCUCUACAAAGGAUAUAGCCGUGGCACUAAACACACGAAAACUGUGGAGCAUCCACCUUCAGAUGCAAACAAAAUUUCUCCAAGAAAUAGUGCGAUCACUUUUUGGAUCUACCUGCCAGCCUCUGCAACAGAUUCUCAGACGUGUGUGCAUACAGUUGUGUGACCUGGCGUCUCCCACAACUCUUCUCAUCAUGAGGACAGUGCUGGAGCUCAUUCUAGAAGAACUGAGCAGUCCUCCAGAAGGGAAAGAGAAACCCUUAUCUGGCCAAACUGCACGUCUGUUUGCACUACUGGAUUCUUUAGCUUCACAUGGAGCUUGCAAAGCUGCCCUUCUGCACCUUUUAAGUGGAACCAGCAAAGGCGAUGAGAGAUUUGCAGAGGUAUUUCAGGGCAUGCUGGGGUUUCUACGGGCAGUGGUUGACAAUGUACAUCACCAGCAUUGUGCUGAAUACGUUGCUUCCAUUGUGCAAUCCCUCUGUGACCAGGACAUUUCACUGAUCUUGAAUAACUCAGCAGAGGGAUCCAGUUCUGACCUAGAGCAACUCUCUAAUUCCCUACCAAACAGAGAAGUGUUAUCACCAGUUUGUGACUGUUUGUUGGAGGCGGUAUCUAACAGUGAGACCAGUUACACUACAGUCCUCACCUGUCUCAGGACCAUGAUGUUUUUAACAGAACACGAAUAUGGGCUUUUUCAUUUGAAGAGUUCUGUCCGACGACACAAUGAAGCCCUCUAUUGUUUGCUAAAGCGUUUGGUUCGUGGCUUUAACAAGGAAAUGGCUGAAUUGGCAUCUUUAUUCCUAGAUUUUCUACGGCAGAUCAUAAACACUGACACAUUGGCUACUGGUGGAGAUGAAGGUGCCCCUAUGGAAGUAGAUGGUGCCCAAACUCCCCGUUCUUUAGCACUCAGUGCUAUGGAAGUGAAGCAGCUGCUGCAAUGGAAGGAUGCCACUGAAGGCCACUUGCUGUGUGACCUGGAUAAGCUUGUAACGGAUAUGGCAAAAUAUGAUGAAAGCCUCGAGUCUUUGGUUGAGAACAUAGCCGGAUUACGACAGAUGUUGGAAAUAGCGACAGAAGUAUCACAAGUCACUGAGCAGGAUGUGGAACCUGUCCUUCCACCCGCAGAGUCUCUUCCGAUGUUGUUCAAUAACAGGACUGUGUAUGUGUUGGCAGAUGUUCUGGAUGAGCAGCUGAAGACUUUAUGGCUUUCCCCAUUCCAGGCUGAAGACCUUGACACAGAUUUGGAUAUGGUAAAAGUAGACUUGACCGACUUAGCUGAGAAAUGCUGCUGUGAAAUGGACCUGAAAGCAGAACUGGAGAGGUCGUUCUUGUCAGAACCCUCAUCUCCAGGAAGAGCAAAGGUAUCAAAAGGCUUUAAGCUGGGAAAACACAAGCACGAGACGUUCAUCACCUCCAGUGGAAAAUCUGAAUACAUAGAACCGGCCAAGCGAGCUCAUAUAGUGCCUCCUCCACGUGGACGAGGCAGGGGAGGAUUUGGGUCAAAUUGUAGACCCCAUGAUAUAUUUCGUCAGCGGAAGCAAAAUACGAGCAGACCACCCUCGAUGCAUGUUGAUGAUUUUGUGGCAGCAGAAUGCAAAGACAUUCCCUCGUCUGGUCCUCCCCCACCAAAAAGGACAAAUAAAGGACCUCCAAAAGCUGCUUCUCGGGGUGGAUUCUCUGGAAAUCGAGGCCGAGGAGUCUUUCACAGUCAAAAUCGUUUCUUUGUUCCGCCAGCUCCUAAAGCAGCUAAUUCAGCACCUGCACCCUUCUGGUGUAUAUGGUCUCUUGCUGGACCAUCGGGUAAGUUGGAUAUUUUGUGUUCUUUUCGAGAAUUGAGUUCAUGUCCCCAAACAUACUGCUGUCUUCUCUAAGAAAGUCUAAAGGUUAUAUAGAACUAAAAUAAUGAUUCAAUGGACAAUUACUGUAGAAUUUUCUUAAAAGGUGCAGGAAUACAGGUUUGAAUAAUUAGAGUAUCUUAUGAAUUAGUUAAGCCUUUUUUUAUUCUGUGGCAAACUAUUUGAAGGAAGAGAGGUUAGGACAUAUUAAACUGAUAUCCACUUUGUGAAUGUGCUGACUUUUGGGCGGCAUUGUGUUUACAAAAACAUAAUGUAAUUUAUUGUACAGUUAUUGUGAUAAAAUUGACUCUUCCCAUCGACUUCAAAACAAAAAAAAGGUUGAACAGUUCUCAUCUCUUAUCCAAAUGUUCCCAUUCCAUUCUUUUUCCUGGAAGAGAAAACCUAGUCGAGGACAAAUUGCAAAAUGUUAUAAAAUUAUUUUUGCAUCUGCUCCAGGACCAAAUCAUAUCAAACAAGACCAUUAUAAAUGUAAUGAGGGCAUUCCUGUUGUGUUGUUUUCAGUUUGACUUAUGUAUUUACUUAGACAUGUAGACAUGUAUACUGAUAAUUUGUAGUCUCUUGUUUUAAAUAAGUUUGAAUUUGUCUACACUACAAGAGAGGUGAAUUACAGUAAGACCCAGGGGGCAGGUAAACAUCUUUACUUUGCUAAUUUCAAUCCUUUU